AUGAGCCUCGCACGAUCACUUCGGGGCUCAUGUGCCUGCAACAGGAACCAGUACCUCAUCAAGGCCCCCCAGGAUGCCCGGGAGGUGGCACAGGUGCACUUUGGAACCGACGCUUCUCAUCGCCUCGCCCAAGCCAGUCUCCUCUCGGCGCACAUUCGCAUCCCGUUAAACUGGUUCCACUCUGCGACCGUCGCCUACUUCCCGGACGAGACCGCCAGUACGAUCCGGCGUGUGUACGAGAAUCCGGCCGAGAACCACGCUCGACGCCAGUUCUGUGGCUACUGCGGCACCCCACUUACCUUCUGGACCGAGCAGCCGCGCGGCGAGGCAGACUACAUCCACGUCACCCUAGGAUCCUUAUGUCGAGACGAUCUUGGGGAUCUAGACGAGCUGGGUUUGAUUCCCGAGUCGCCGACUGAGGAAGGCGGCUCGGGGCUUCCUGUCAGAGGGGCCCUGGAGGCGGCCCAGCAGGCGAGCGAGGCGGAACGGGUAUCUGCGACACUCUCGAAUGCCUCGCAGCCAAUCGGCCGGGAGUCGCACGGCAUCCCGUGGAUUGAGAGCCUCGUGGAGGGUAGCAGCCUGGGCGGCAGGCUGAAGAGAGCCAGUGUGACGCGCCGGAGUGCCGACGGCUCAGCCUGGGCCCAGUGGCAUAUCGUCGAGUACAGCAACGACGGCCAAGUCGAGAACGAGCCUGGCGGAUCAUCCGGUAACAACGGGAAGCGGAAGCUGGCUGACAGGGACGAUGGCGAGGACAGGGAAGGUGCCGCUCAGCAGUGA